UGAGCAGCCUGCUGCAGCUGCUGGUCGAGUGGAGUCUCCGAGUGGAGGUUGAUCUGUGUCUCUCCGUCUCCCUGCGAAAGGUGGCCUCAAGGUGAACGAGAUGGCCUGGUGGAAAGCUUGGGUUGAACAGGAGGGCGUCACGGUGAAGGGCAGCUCCCACUUCAACCCAGACCCUGACGCGGAGACCCUCUACAAAGCCAUGAAGGGGAUCGGGACCAAUGAGCAGGCCAUCACCGAUGUGCUCACCAGGAGAAGCAACAUGCAGAGGCAGCAGAUCGCCAAGUCCUUCAAGGCUCAGUUUGGCAAGGAUCUCACCGAGACCUUGAAGUCAGAGCUGAGUGGCAAGUUUGAGAGGCUCAUUGUGGCCCUCAUGUACCCACCACACAGAUAUGAGGCCAAGGAGCUGCACGAUGCCAUGAAGGGCUUAGGAACCAAAGAGGGCGUCAUCAUUGAGAUCCUGGCCUCUCGGACCAAGACCCAGCUACAGGAGAUAAUGAAGGCGUAUGAGGAGGACUACGGGUCCAGCCUGGAGGAGGACAUCCAAGCAGACACCAGCGGCUACCUGGAGAGGAUCCUGGUGUGCCUUCUGCAGGGCAGCAGGGAUGACGUGAGUGGCUUUGUGGACCCAGGACAGGCUCUCCAAGAUGCACAGGAUCUGUAUGCGGCGGGCGAGAAGAUCCGUGGGACUGACGAGAUGAAAUUCAUCACCAUCCUGUGCACUCGCAGUGCCACUCACCUGCUGAGAGUGUUUGAGGAAUACGAGAAAAUCGCCAGCAAGAGCAUUGAGGACAGCAUCAAGAGUGAGACCCACGGCUCGCUGGAGGAGGCCAUGCUCACCGUGGUGAAAUGCACCCGGAACCUCCACAGCUACUUUGCAGAGAGACUCUACUACGCCAUGAAGGGAGCAGGGACACGGGAUGGGACCCUGAUAAGGAACAUCGUUUCAAGGAGUGAGAUUGACUUAAACCUCAUCAAGUGUCAGUUCAAGAAGAUGUACGGCCAGACCCUCAGCAGCAUGAUCAUGGGAGACACCAGUGGUGACUACAAGAACGCCCUGCUCAGCCUGGUGGGCAGCGACCCCUGAGGCACAGAAGAACAAGAGCUACAUGCGGCCAAGAAGCCAGAGCCUCCAGGCCCUGCCUGCUGGACCUUGGCCGUGAACGGGGUUGGGCAGGGGGACCACAGCCAGCCUUUCAGCCUUCUAUCUCCCAGUUUCCAGGGUUUUCCUGCACUGUUUCUGACCCAGAGGAGGGACCAGCCUGGGGCUUCUCUUUCCACCUUCCUCCCAGGUCAUUUCCAGGUGUGAGCACAACGCCAACUGGUGUUCCUCUGGCUGGACAGUUACCUUAGCAUGAAGGGGCCUGCAGGGGCUUGUGGGUCAUUUUUCCCUCCCUAGACAGGUGCUUCCUGAGCUUGACUGGUCACAGCAUCCCCUGGGCACAGGCUGUGCAGAUAGCCUGGCCCUGCCCCCUCUGCUGACACAGGUCUCAGCACGUGCUUCUCUGUCAGUAGCCAGUCACAGGCUGUGAGACACCCUUUGCUUUAGAGCACACACACAUGCGUGGGCAGCUGAGAAAGGACACAUGUAUCCAUCCCAACCAGGAUGCCAUUAACCUUCACUCACAGCCACCAGCCUCAUCUAAAAAUUCUAGGCUCUGGAUGGAAGAAAAAUUCUCUCACUAUCCUAAUAACGGAGUAAGCUGAAAGUCCCCGUCCUGACCUAAGGACACUGUGUCCCAGGAGGCUCGGGCUUCCCCAGGCACUGAGCAGCUCAGCUGCCCUUGCCCUCUGAGGCAGCGUGCAGCACAGGGGGCGCAACAAGGACGGGUACCUGGAGACGCUGAGGUGCCUUUGCUGUGGUUUUCUAAAUAAUAAAGAUUUGUGCUUAGAUCAAA